UUUUGUGUGUGUGAUACCUUUAUCUGGUUUUGGGGAUCAAAGUAAUAUUGAUAAAUUAUACGGGGACAUGCUCCCUUUCUCUCUCUUUUCUGAAAAAGUUUGGCUAGAAUUGCAAUUAUUUCUCCUUUCUGGGAAGGUUUAGCUAUGGUUUUUAAAUGAGAAGGAUCUUUUUUCACAAGAUGGCGCCGAAAGCAAAGAAGGAAGCUCCUGCCCCUCCCAAAGCGGAAGCCAAAGCAAAGGCAUUGAAGGCCAAGAAGGCAGUGCUAAAAGGCAUCCACAGCCACAAAAAAAAGAAGAUCCAUACACAACCCACCUUCCGGCGGCCAAAGACUCUGAGACUCCGGAGGCAGCCCAAAUAUCCUCGGAAGAGCGCCCCCAGGAGAAACAAGCUUGACCACUAUGCCAUCAUUAAGUUCCCCCUGACCACUGAGUCUGCCAUGAAGAAGACAGAAGACAACAACACACUUGUGUUCAUUAUGGAAGUCAAAGCCAACAAGCACCAGAUCAAACAGGCUGUGAAGAAGCUUUAUGACAUUGAUGUGGCCAAGGUCAACACCCUGAUCAGGCCUGAUGGUGAGAAGAAGGCAUGUGUUCGACUGGCUCCUGAUUAUGAUGCUUUGGAUGUUGCCAACAAAAUUGGGAUCAUCUAAACCAAGUCCAGCUGGCCAAUUCUAAAUAUAUAACUUUUCACCAUAAAAAAAUAAAUAAAUAAAUGAGAAGGAGACUGCACCC